AGCGUACGCUCGCAGUACCGUGCGUACCGUCUAGCGUAGCACAUCACUUACCGCUCGCUUUCAUUCCCGCCUUACCGAAUAUUGCCAUAAACACGUGUGUGACUUUUAUUAGUGUUAUCAUGUUUGUGAAGUUUUAAUUUUUUUUUUUUUAAAUUUGUAAAACAAAAAGGCAAUUCAAAAUGACAGCGGGUGGAGAGGAACACGAACCCCUGAUUUCUUCGUCUGUCGACAAUCAACGUGUGACAUACAGUAAUUCUCCUCAGGGUAGUUCACCAAGCGACUCCCCUCGAGCUAGCGGUGGUGAAGUGACGCUGGCAAUACCCCAAAAUAGAAGCUAUGGCGCUAUCGGAGGCGUGGAGAAGGUUACCUACACAUGGGCGGAUAUCAACGCGUUCGCGACGGAAGACCGGUCUAGAAACAGAAAGUUCUGGAACUUUUGGCGAGGUUCUUCAGAUCGCAUGUUCCAGCAGAGAAAACAGCUGCUUAAAAAUGUAAAUGGUGCCGCAUAUCCUGGUGAGCUGCUUGCUAUUAUGGGGUCUUCAGGUGCUGGCAAAACUACGCUACUCAACACUUUGACCUUCAGAACUCCACACGGCGUAGUAUCAAGUGGAACUAGAGCAUUAAAUGGACAGCCAGCUACCCCUGAGGCAAUGGCAGCUUUAUCAGCAUACGUCCAGCAGCAGGAUCUGUUCAUAGGCACUUUGACUGUGCGUGAGCAUUUAGUUUUUCAGGCACUAGUUCGGAUGGAUCGGCACAUACCAUACGCGCAGCGCAUGCGUCGUGUACAAGAAGUAAUUUCUGAAUUGGCACUAUCAAAGUGUCAGAACACAGUCAUAGGAAUCCCGGGGCGUUUGAAGGGCAUAUCCGGUGGUGAAAUGAAGAGGCUCUCCUUCGCUAGCGAGGUUCUCACGGAUCCUCCAUUAAUGUUUUGCGAUGAACCCACGUCUGGCUUGGACUCUUUUAUGGCACAAAAUGUUAUUCAGGUGCUCAGUGGUUUAGCUAAAAAAGGUAAAACGAUAGUUGUAACAAUCCACCAGCCUUCUUCAGAACUGUAUGCCAUGUUUGAUAAGCUCCUCAUCAUGGCUGACGGGCGCGUGGCGUUCCUUGGAUCACCAGAUCAGGCUAGCGACUUCUUUAGAGAGCUAGGAGCAGCAUGUCCGGCGAACUACAACCCCGCAGAUCACUACAUCCAACUGCUCGCCGGGGUUCCCGGCCGCGAGGAGACCACGCGACAUACAAUUGACACCGUGUGCACUUCCUUCGCGAAGUCGGAACAGGGCUGCAAAAUUGCUGCUGAAGCUGAAAAUGCUUUAUACCUUGAGCGUAAGAUAUCGUCGGGCUGGGCGGAGACGGCGUGGUCGAACGCGGCGUCGAAGCGCACCCAGCGCUCGCCGUACAAGGCGUCGUGGUGCGCGCAGUUCCGCGCCGUGCUGUGGCGCUCCUGGCUCUCCGUCACCAAGGAGCCCAUGCUCAUCAAAGUGCGCUUCCUACAGACCAUUAUGGUAUCAAUACUCAUCGGCGUAAUAUACUUCGGACAGAACUUGGACCAAGACGGUGUGAUGAACAUCAACGGAGCGAUUUUCAUGUUCCUUACCAAUAUGACCUUCCAGAACAUUUUCGCUGUAAUAAAUGUAUUCUGUUCUGAAUUACCAAUAUUCAUCCGAGAACACCAUUCAGGCAUGUAUCGGGCGGACGUCUAUUUCCUCUCGAAGACACUCGCAGAAGCUCCCGUCUUCGCCACAAUACCACUUGUGUUCACUACUAUAGCAUACUAUAUGAUAGGCCUUAAUCCUGCACCGGAAAGAUUCUUCAUCGCUUCCGGACUGGCCGCGCUCAUCACCAACGUUGCUACUUCGUUUGGUUACCUGAUAUCUUGCGCAAGUAGCAGCGUCAGUAUGGCCGCGUCUGUUGGACCACCAAUCAUUAUUCCGUUCAUGCUGUUUGGUGGUUUCUUCCUUAAUUCCGGCUCGGUCCCGCCGUACCUGGGCUGGAUCUCGUACCUUUCGUGGUUCCGCUACGGCAACGAGGCGCUGCUGGUUAACCAGUGGUCCGGCGUCGCCAGCAUCGCGUGCACGCGCGAGAACUUCACCUGCCCCGCCAGCGGCGAGGUCGUGCUCACCACGCUCAGCUUCUCCGAGGACGACUUCACAAUGGACGUGGUGAACAUGGUGCUUCUGUUCAUCGGAUUCCGCUUGCUCGCCUACUUCGCGUUGUUAUGGCGCGCGCGCCGCGGCAAGUGAGCUCUAGAAGCUUCCACGUUGAAACAGAAUUACUAGAAUAAUUUUGACAGAUUUGUAAUAAAAUAUGAAAUUCACUGUAAAUUAUACCGAAAAUGAAGGUUGAUAUGAACACUUACAAUACGAGGGUAGUUCGAAAAGUUAUUACGAUUGUUGUAAUUAUAAGCAUUGACGUAAAUAAAUAAUUUUUAUAUGA